AAAAAAAGAUUUAGAAGGUUCAACAUAUUGCAGGGGUGUAACCUUGUUUGUCACUGUAAAACUGCUGUUUUUUUUAGUCCUUUCAUACCCUAAUCAUGCAUAAUAUUAGAUGCAAUCAACAUUUUUCUGUCUUCAUUCUGUAGUAACUUAAGGAUGUGUUAGCUUUAUUAUUAUAGUAUCAUUGUUUUAUGUUCUGUCAGCUUUAUUAUAUUAUAUGAUUGUUCUAUAUUCUUAACUUGGUGCCACUUUUCCUAAGAUUGUUGAUACAGCCAUGUCAGAUGUUUUGGGUUUGAGAUCUAUCUAUUACUCUGUUUCUUAAACUUAGCAUGGUAUUUCACUUCAUUAUUUUUGUUUCAUACUUUAAUUAUAAGCUCAUUGCCAUUAAUGGUCUAAAGUCCUGUUCGCGAGUGUUUGGUUUGUUUGACCAUAAGACAUUGUUUUUUGUGCUUUAUUCUGAUCAAAUUAAAUGGAUGUUAUUAUUCUGCAUAAAAUUCUGGAGUUCAGGAAAAUAUGGGCCAUUGUUUCAAUGCUUUUUUAGAAGUUAAUUAUAGAUGAAUAUGUUCAUUGAAUGAAUUUAGUCAUCAUUGUGUUCCAUGAAACUUUUAAAAAUCUUGAUGAUUCACCUGAUUUUUAAUAUGCAUAAUAAGUCAUGAACUUCUCUUAUAGGAAAUUUAAAUUACUUUCCAUUAGGAUUGGUAAGUCACCUAAUUCCUUAUCACACAAAAUGAAUGUCAAAAAAAAUUCAGAACCUGUACUAGUUCUCUUCCAUAACAUCAACUAACAAAGUAGCCUCAUCCUCUUUGUUAUUCUUUUCUUUCCUUUCUUUAUCGUCCUGCAAGAAAAUUAAAGGAAACAAGAAAUUCAUGAAUAGGCACAUAUAAAGGAAGGAACUGGUAUGAGAUUUGUUGAACCAUUCAUUCCUUGUAUCAAUAUUUUCAUGUGAGUUUGCGUAACAUGCAAAUGAAGAUAGUCAUCAACACUCUUAUGUUAAUGCUUGUUGCGUCUUUUUUAGGAUUACAGCUAAAGAUUGAAGCCCAGCCAUUUCCACGCCCACUUUGCGUCUCCCAGUUUGCUCUAGUGAAUUAUGCAUGUUCUUUGCUACCAUACACUCCAUUGCCACCAAUAACACCUCGUCUCCCACAGCUUUCGCCAGUUCCUUCCUCUCCCGAUGAUGAAGAUGCUAGGCAUAGCCAUGGAGAUGAUGGAGGUGAUGAUGACGAACACGAUCACAAUCAUGAACAUGAGCAUGAACACGAGCAUGGAAAUGGACAUAAUCAUAGUCAUACCCAUCAACAUGAAGAGGGUCACAGGCAUGAGCAUGGGCACGGACAUAGACAUAGGCAUAGCCAUAGGCACACAUACAGCAAUCCACGCGAGUUAACUGCACAACAGAAUUGUUGUAGGUGGUUGAAUGAAUUAGAUGACGAGUGUGUCUGCGAGCUGCUGGUUCGCUUGCCGCCCUUCCUCUCAAGGCCUGCACAUGUUUAUACUCUCUAUCUUGAUGAGUCAUGCAAUGUAACUUAUGCAUGCCAAGGGCGAAUAAUAAGACGGCCAUGAUAAUGGAAUAUUAGCUAUGGAGUUUGUCUUUGGUCAUCUAAGUUAAAACUAGCUAUAUAGUUGUAAGGUGUACUUACAUGAUUUAUUACUUUCUUAAUAGCUCUGGUUUUUCAGCAAUUCUGUUUCCUGAGUGUUUAUGUUAUACUUACAGUUUGAUGAUUGUGCAAGCUAGGAUUGUUAUGGUCAUGUUUUCACCUUUUUUUAAUUUUUUUUUCUUUUAAUAUGAGAAAAUAAAAAUAGAAAGGCAUUUUUUUCAGGAA